AUGGAGCCAUCGACCAAGCCUACUCACCCACCCAAGGACGACCCGAUCUCCGUCGAGGAGCUCAAGCAGUACGACGGCACCGACGCCUCCAAGCCCGUCUACGUCGCUGUCAAGGGCACCAUCUUCGACGUUUCGCCCAAGCGCGAGAUGUACGAACCGGGCAAGGGCUACCACAUCUUUGCCGGCAAGGACGGCUCGCGCGGACUCGGCAUGUCGUCGCUCAAGCCCGAGGACGCUGUUCCGGACUACAGCACUCUUGAUGAUAAGCAGCUCAAGGUGCUGGAUGACUGGCACUCGUACUACACAAAGCGCUACAACAUCGUCGGCAAGGUGGCUCAGUAG